AUGAAGCGGCGGUCGGUGUCUUCCAUCCUUGCCUCCGCUGCCAAGGUUGCUAGGGCCGAGGCCCGACUCAUUGCCACCCCGCAGCCGCCGGAAGGCUCUUCGCAGCGCAGGAGCCAGACUGCACCGCAAGGGCAAGAGUCGGUGACCCCCCACGUCCGCCCGGAGCAACCGAUCAUCUCCGACGCUCAAUCAGAGUCCGAGACGGAGCCGCAGGCCUCGGAGCCCAACGAGAAAGAGAGCGUGAACCUGGAGCUUAGCAAGUCCCCGGAAGCAGCGAGCUGGCAGUGCCCUCGACUGGAGAAGCUGCUGCCCAGAAGCUUGCAAGACGACCGCGGCAUGAUGCAGGCAUGGGCCAAGGGCCGCCAACUGUCGAAGGUCGCUCAGAGCGUCUCUCUUCAGGGGCCUUGGCCUGGCGAGGCCACUGUCACGUCGAGGAGCUGCGACGAGCCGCGCUCCGUGGACUUGGCGCGCUGCCGCUGCACUUGCCCCAGCAUCCAUGCGUUUUGCGCGCAUUUGCUUGCGGCCACGGUGGCAGCGGAGGAGUCUGGCGAUGCGGAGGCUUGUGGCCGCAUGGCACUGCUUUGCCAUAUGCGCCACCUUGCUCGGGGAAGGCCACGGCGCGCCGAGGUGGCCGCUGCGGUAUCUUCAGGCGCCCUGGCAGGCCUGGGGUCAUUGGCUGCCAACGAGGCCGCCCUCUGCCGCUGGGCCCUCAUGGCCUUGCUGGCGCUGUGCCGGCGGCCCUCGUCUUCUGUGGUGUCAAGCUCCGCGCUGUGUUACCAGCUAGCUGAUCAGGCCCAGCAGAUCCAAACAGCAUCGCAAGCUGCAGCUUUGGUUGAGUCCUUGAUCCAGGAGUUGGGUGCCUCGCUCCCCUGCGCAUCCCUGACCCUGGCAGCAGCAGCGGCCACCAGUGAGCGGCUGCUGCUCGAUGCGUCAGCGGACGGAGAAGAGAAAGCUGAGAGACACCGACGUCUGGCAGAGCCUUUCACAUGA